AUGGAACCCGACGAAGAGCUGGAAGUCAAGGAGGGGAAAGUGAUCUUUCGAUACCAGGACCAAGAGAUCCACAAAGGGUUUGGAAGAACGGAAAGAAGGACCAAGGCUCAGCAAAUCCAUAACCAUUUGGCUCUGUAUCUUCAAGACUUGAACCAUCCCAUAGGGACUGAACUUGCAAUGCCUAUCAAAGCCGCUAGAGAAACCUGGAGUGAAAAACUAAGUAACGUGUGUAGCAAUGUCAAAGACCUGAACCCAAGGACCCUAUCGACGGCCGAAGUAUUGGAGACCUAUUAUAAAGUAGGAAGCUUGUUGUUUGAAAAGGGUUGGGAAGAUGAAGCACGAAGAGAGCUGGCCGAGCGACUCCCGGCCCCUAAAGGAGAUUUUUCUGGGGCAAUGUUGGCGGAAGCAGGAAGGUUGAGAUAG